ACUUUGUGAUGUGAUAUGCAGUUCUACGUGGUGUUAGGUCUGCUCGCUCUCAGUGGGCAAGCUUUCAGUCAAGAGUGUAAGACUGAGCUUUUGGAGAAAACAGACUUCCAGGGAGAUGACAUCAUCAAAGUUAUGUCUCCAGAUGCCGAGCACUGUCAGCUCGCGUGCACCCAGCACCCAACCUGCCGGUUCUUUACCUUCAACACUGGGAAUUUAAAUUGCUUCCUGAAGGACUCAUCCUCUGGACAGCCAAGUAAAAGGGUUAUCCAAUCUAUGGCAACCUCUGGCUUUGCUCUCAAAGGAUGUGACCCCUCAUUACAGUGUAAGACUGAGCUUUUGGAGAAAACAGACUUCCAGGGAGAUGACAUCAUCAAAGUUAUGUCUCCAGAUGCCGAGCACUGUCAGCUCGCGUGCACCCAGCACCCAACCUGCCGGUUCUUUACCUUCAACACUGGGAAUUUAAAUUGCUUCCUGAAGGACUCAUCCUCUGGACAGCCAAGUAAAAGGGUUAUCCAAUCUAUGGCAACCUCUGGCUUUGCUCUCAAAGGAUGUGACCCCUCAUUACAGUGUAAGACUGAGCUUUUGGAGAAAACAGACUUCCAGGGAGAUGACAUCAUCAAAGUUAUGUCUCCAGAUGCCGAGCACUGUCAGCUCGCGUGCACCCAGCACCCAACCUGCCGGUUCUUUACCUUCAACACUGGGAAUUUAAAUUGCUUCCUGAAGGACUCAUCCUCUGGACAGCCAAGUAAAAGGGUUAUCCAAUCUAUGGCAACCUCUGGCUUUGCUCUCAAAGGAUGUGACCCCUCAUUACAGUGUAAAACGGAGCUUUUGGAGAAAACAGACUUCCAGGGAGAUGACAUCAUCAAUGUUAUGUCUCCGGAUGCCGAGCACUGUCAGCUCGCGUGCACCCAGCACCCAACCUGCCGGUUCUUUACCUUCAUCACUGAGAAUUUCAAAUGCUUCCUGAAAGAUUCAUUAUCUGGACAGCCAAGUAAAAGUGUUAUCCUUUCUAAAGCAAUCUCUGGCUUUGCUCUCAAAGGAUGUGACCCCUCAAUACAAACGUGUCAAAGGCUUCUCCACAAGGUGUAUCCAAACGUGGACUUCCUGGGAGACGAUUUCCUGUCCCUGUUCACUGACAGCCAUGAGGAGUGUCAGAGAGCCUGUACCAACCAGCCAGGCUGCCAGGCCUUCACCUUCCUCACUGAAAACUUCACACCUGAGCAGUACAGGUACAAGUGCCAUCUGAAGUUCCUCUGGACAGUCCCCAGACCCCUGAAGGUCAGAAACCUCCCAGGGGCUUCCUCGGGAUUCUCUAAGAAUCUUGAUCCACUUCUAUUGGGAAGCAAGGAAGCCUGUAAAUCCACCAUUUUCAACGACACUGAUGUCAGAGGGGAGGACCUGGAGAAUGUUCCUGCUGUGUCUGCGGAACACUGCCAGCAUCUGUGCACGUCCCACCCACUUUGUAGCUACUUUAGCUUCCACAAAAUACAGCAAACCUGCUUCCUGAAAAACAAUAGAGAUAUGAUGAGGCUUGUGGCUGAGAAGAACAUGUUUACUGGGAUGCCAACGAGGCACUGUGCUCCCUCUAGUGACUGGGUGUUUGCUGACUAUGAUGGGGUAGAUUUCUUGGGCAGCGACAAGAAGUUUGUGUUACUGGAUGACAAGGAGUCUUGCAGGCAGGCCUGCAAUGAGGACCCGGCCUGUCAGUUUUACAGCUACCUUUCAUCAUCCUUUAAUGAUCCUGUAUACAGGCGUCGCUGCUACCUGAAGCUGAUCAUCACCCUUCCCCUGCCCCCUAAAGUGGGAUCCUUGCCCAACGUUGUGUCUGGAUUCUCCCUCAAUUGUGGUUUGUGAUGAGUUCCACGCAAGCUCAGAUUGUAGGAUGAAAGAUCUCACUGUGAUGUAAGAUCAGUGUGCUGUAGAAUAGUUUUAAUAAAUGAAUACAACAAAGACCAUUACAAA